AAAUACAACAGACAUAAUUGUAAAGCGAGGAUUGUGUAGUGUACGUGUUACAUUGACAAUAUGAAAAUGGUCCUAGGAAUGCAGUCCUGUGCAUGUAAGGGCAUUCCUAUUAAACGAAAGGACGAGGGACUAGAAGUGAAAUCAGGGAAUUUAUUGUUGAUCCAGUCACAUCAGGGUAGAUCAGUGAGGGUGCCGGUUCAUGUUAGAGUGUACCAGAGCUGCUUUGAACAUUACGCAAUCGUCAACAGAGACUGCAAAUUUACGAACAAAGGCAUUUUUGUGAACCUGAAGAAUUCCACAGUGAUACGGACUGAGACACGGGAGUCUGAAUUCCUCAUGGUGCCGGAUAACGUGGAGGGGACCGGAUACACAUUUCAGGCGCGAAACGCCACAGAGGCCGAGGACUGGACCGAGGUGUUACGGGCUAGUGUUUCCCAGGGUUCCCCCACAUCCGCUCACCCCGCCCCGAGUCUGUCCCCCGUCAUCCCCCGAAUGCCACUGAUGCCCACUCUCGCAGAGGAAGAGGAGAGCUGACCUCGCGUGACCUCUUUGAGUGAACUCGGUCAGUGAGACGUUUGUUGACUUGACUUCUGCAGAUUGUGGUUAUCAACAUGUUUACAGACUGCAGUGUGAAGCCGUCAUCGGGUGACAGUGAGGUGUCUACAGACAUUGACACCCUGACUUGUUUACGUGGAUUACAUGGCGGGAAGUAUUGUAAUCCUCUUAUCCUGUAUAACUGUUGUUGAGGCGCGUAAAAUCUCCGUCAGACAGAGGCACGAUGCCAGCACGUGCAGGAUUCCAGUUUUAUCUGGUCCCUUGGGUCCGGAUUAUAACAAAUUCCAAAGACAAAAGCUAAAGCUGUGAUAUUGACUCUAAUUUAAAUAUUUUUAUUGUUACGUAGUGUGAUUUUGUGCAAUACUUGUUUUUAUGUUAACAUGAGUGUGCAAUACUUGUUCAAUAAAAUCAGAAAAUAUGUU